CUUUAACAGAUCAGCAGUGGGUGUGCACAAGGAAGUAACCUCAUGCUGAUUUACAAGUGAAGCCAGACUUUGGUUUUACUUUUCCUUUCAAGGUGAGCGUGCAGAUUUACUCCCUGACAACUGAUUUCUAAAGCUGCUUCUCUCCCACAAGAUCAACAGAAGGAUCCGGAUUUGACUGAGGUGUUGCAGCGUCGUCUGCCUGAGUCGUCUGACAGGUUUGGUUUAAACCAAGCUUUCCUUCAUGGGGGAGAGUCUCCCAGAUGUGCCGGGAGGAGAUCAGGAGCGUGGUGCUGCUUUCAGGAGGCCUGUGAGGACCCUCAGGGUUAAGAUGGUCCUUCUGGGAGGCUCUGGUGUGGGCAAGUCCAGUCUGGCUUUACGAUUUGGGAAGGAUGAGUUCAGGAGUACAUCGCCUACUGUAGGCUGUGCCUACCUGACCCGGGUGGUCCACCUGAGCGAGGUGACUCUUCGCUUUGAGAUCUGGGACACGGCGGGGCAGGAGAAGUACCACAGCGUGACCCCGCUGUACUACAGGGGGGCCCACGCUGCCCUGCUGGUCUACGACAUCAGCAGCAGGGAGUCUUUCAUCAGAGCUCAGCUGUGGCUCAAAGAGCUGGAGAAACAGUCCGUCCCGGGGUCCACGCUCACAUGGCUGGUCGGAAACAAAGGAGAUCUGGACCAGGACCGACAAGUGUCAGCACAGGAAGGGAAGAAGCUGGCCAAAGACAGGAGUCUGUUCUUCACAGAGACCUCCGCUCUGUCCGGGGAUCAAGUCAACGAGCUGAUGCUGGAUGUUGCCCACAGAGUGUACGAGCACGUUGGAGAGGAGCAGGGCGGACUGACAGAGUGGAAGGAGACGCUACCGGAGGAGAUGUAUCACAGAGACACCUCCAAUCCUCUUUCUUCCUGCUGCAAAGUCGGACCUUAAUCUCUGCAGAUGUUUGCCUUUAAUCCUGAAGCUUGAUCACACCUCGGUACUUCUGUACAAAUUCAGCUGAAGACUUGUCACUUUCAUGAAGUUCUCACUUUGAAAUCUGACGUGUGUUUGACUGGAGGCCAAGUCAAAAAAGAGGUUUCCCAGUUUGGUGGCGAAUGAAAUCAGGGCUCUGUCAUUCAGUUAGUUGAUCCAAGAUUUUACAACAUUGAUGUUUGUAAAAUUGGGAAACGGACUUUUCAAAAGUAGAAAAAAAAAAAAAAAGUUCACAGAAAUUUAGUGCAACAGCAUAUGUGAUACAAACUGGU